CAAAUUAACCAGCAUUUCCCCCUCGAUUCUCACUGGUUGCUUCUUUCGAGAUAUCCACAGGUUGCAUAUCUCAUGCUAUUCUCGCAGCUCAAUGCGAGGGUGGAAAGUGCGAUGGAAGGUUCUUGACACUGCUAUGCCCGCCUUCCUCCGCUCCUCGGACUUUCAGGUCGCCAUCCAAUUUUGCCGACGACUGACGGCCGACCACCGUCCACUGUAGUAUGACUCUCCCGCGUCCUCCAUAUUUUCAGUUCCUUGCCCUUCGAUUUACGGUGCAAGAAGCAACCGCUCUGCUCGUCCAUCACGCGAGCCAUGAUGCAUCUCGCAUAUCUUUCGAAGCCUCCCAAGAUCAAGAUCGAGGAACGCCUUGUCUGCCACGUGGUCGCAAUCUCGGUACUGCGAUGAUGGCUGCCUCUUCAUCAAGAUGAUAAUAAUCCAUCCAGUCACCAUUGCCCGGAAGAUUGGCAAAAUAAGUCUUCUACUAUCAACCGGGCGGCUCGGCGCGCACACAACAAUCCAUAGAUAUCUACAGCCUCCCUCCACUCACCGCCCUCCCCAACUUCACCGACCGAUACUCCACUGAUCUAGCAACCACGAUGCUCCUCCUCCUAUCCCUCCUCUCAACUCUCGGCCUCGCCGCCCCCCAACUGGGCACCUCCCCCUGGGGCCCAAACGUCUCAUCAACCAUGCUCCGCUUCGGCUGCCACCAGCUCGUAAUCGACCGAAUCGACCCCCUCGUCAACCCAGGCUCCCUACCCUCCCCACACCUCCACCAAAUCGUGGGCGGCAACGCCUUCGAUAUCUCCAUGCCACACAACACCGACAUCUCCUCCCUCGCCAACUGCACCACCUGCUCCUACUCUGAAGACCUCUCAAACUACUGGACCGCCAACCUCUAUUUUCGCGCACGAAAUGGUUCCUACAAACGCGUCCCCCAAAUACCCAACAGGCUAUUAUUCGGCGAUGAUUUCACUACCAAAACGGAUGGUGGCUUCGUGGUGUAUUACGUCAGCGGUGGGAUAGGGGACGUGACUGCCUUUCGGCCUGGAUUCCGGAUGUUGGUUGGGGAUGCCGGGAGGAGGGAACCGCAGGGGUUGAGGAAUCAAACUUGCUUCCGGUGUUAUACCGGGCCUGACUUUGGAGGGGAUGAUAAAGCGCCUUGCGUGGAUGAUGCGGUGGACUUUGAGGGGUUACCCAAUAAAAUGUGCUGGGGGAUUAGGAGUAAUGUGCUUUAUCCGACUUGUUGGGAUGGGAAGAAUUUGGACAGUCCUGAUCAUAAGAGCCAUGUGGCGUAUCCGGUUGAAACCGGGCCGCAUACGUUUACUGGGUUGGGGACGGGAGGACAGUGUCCGGAGAGUCAUCCUGUUAGGAUACCGCAGUUGAUGCUUGAGAUUGUGUGGGAUACGAGUUUGUUUAAUGACCCGGAUGAGUGGCCGGAGGAUGGGUCGCAGCCUUUUGUUUUGAGCACGGGUGAUACCACGGGGUAUGGGCAGCAUGGGGACUAUGUGUUUGGGUGGAAAGGGGAUUCUCUGCAACGGGCGAUGGAUGGGGUGUGCUUUGGGGCUAAUUGUCAUGUACUGGAGAGCCAGUCUUUGGGGGAGGCAAAGAGGUGUAGUGUGUCUUCGAGAGUGGGGGAGGAGGUGGAUGGAUGGCUUGAUACGCUUCCUGGGAAUCCAGAUAUUCGGGAGAAGAAGUGAGUGCGGCUUAUGCACUGGGUGAAUGGUCUAAAGGGAACGGAGGAUGCCAGAAGUGAUCUGGGGUCGACCAGCUACAGCUGGCUGAGCCGAUGGAGCCAGCAAAGAGGAACAGGGAAGCUCUACUGUCGAGGUAUGAAGACAUUGAUGAGAGAAUAUGGGUA